AGCCCGCCUCCGUGAAAGGCUGCCGGCGUAUGCGGCCGGGCUGGUUCACUGGCUGCUGGCGGCUCACCGCGCGCAUUGCUGACUUAGUUCUCUAGCUGAUUUGAAGCCGGUGUCAGGUCAAAAAAUUAAAAUGAAGUACAUUCUAGUUACUGGCGGUGUUAUAUCAGGAAUUGGAAAAGGAAUCAUUGCCAGCAGUGUGGGCACAAUACUGAAGUCAUGUGGUUUACAUGUAACUUCAAUUAAAAUUGACCCAUACAUUAACAUUGAUGCAGGAACCUUCUCUCCUUACGAGCAUGGGGAAGUUUUUGUGUUGGAUGAUGGUGGUGAAGUAGACCUUGACCUGGGUAACUAUGAGCGGUUCCUUGACAUCCGCCUCACCAAGGACAAUAAUCUGACCACUGGAAAGAUAUACCAGCACGUCAUUAACAAGGAACGCAAAGGAGAUUACUUGGGAAAAACCGUCCAAGUUGUCCCUCACAUCACAGAUGCAAUCCAGGAGUGGAUAAUGAGACAGGCGUUAAUACCUGUAGAUGAAGACGGCCUGGAGCCUCAAGUGUGUGUUAUUGAGCUCGGUGGAACAGUGGGAGAUAUAGAAAGCAUGCCGUUUAUUGAGGCUUUCCGUCAAUUCCAGUUCAAAGUCAAAAGAGAGAACUUUUGUAAUAUCCACGUCAGUCUAGUCCCUCAGCCAAGUUCAACAAGGGAACAGAAGACUAAACCCACUCAGAAUAGCAUUCGGGAUCUCAGAGGACUUGGGCUUUCCCCAGAUCUGGUUGUGUGCAGGUGCUCAAAUCCUCUCGACACAUCGGUGAAAAAGAAAAUCUCAAUGUACUGCCAUGUGGAACCUGAACAAGUCAUCUGUGUCCACGAUGUCUCAUCCAUCUACCGAGUCCCCUUGUUACUAGAAGAGCAAGGGGUUGUAGAUUAUUUUCUUCGAAGACUCGAUCUCCCUAUUGAGAGGCAGCCACGAAAAAUGCUGAUGAAGUGGAAAGAGAUGGCUGACAGAUACGAUCGCUUGCUGGAGACCUGCUCUAUUGCCCUUGUGGGAAAAUACACCAAGUUCUCUGACUCGUACGCCUCGGUCACGAAAGCUCUGGAGCACUCUGCACUGGCCAUCAACCACAGACUGGAAAUCAAGUACAUAGAUUCUACCGACCUGGAGCCAAGCACCUUACAGGAAGAGCCCGUCCGGUACCACGAAGCAUGGCAGAAGCUCUGUAGUGCUCAUGGAGUGCUGGUUCCAGGCGGGUUUGGUGUUCGAGGAACGGAAGGAAAGAUCCAAGCAAUCGCCUGGGCUCGAAAACAGAAAAAGCCCUUUUUGGGUGUGUGCUUAGGAAUGCAGCUGGCAGUGGUUGAAUUCUCAAGAAAUGUGCUGGGAUGGCAAGAUGCCAAUUCUACAGAGUUUGACCCUAAGACAAGUCACCCUGUGGUCAUAGACAUGCCGGAACACAAUCCUGGGCAGAUGGGUGGAACCAUGAGGCUGGGCAAGAGGAGGACCCUGUUCCAGACCAAGAACUCAGUCAUGAGAAAACUCUAUGGAGAUCCGGAAUUCCUGGAGGAGAGGCAUCGCCACAGAUUCGAGGUAAAUCCAGUCUUGAAAAAGUGUUUGGAAGAGCAAGGCUUGAAGUUUGUUGGCCAAGAUGUUGGAGGAGAGAGAAUGGAAAUCGUGGAGUUGGAAGAUCACCCCUUUUUUGUUGGGGUUCAGUACCACCCUGAGUUCCUGUCCAGACCUAUCAAGCCUUCCCCGCCCUACUUCGGCCUCCUCCUGGCCUCUGUAGGGAGGCUCCCACAUUACCUGCAGAAAGGCUGCCGGCUCUCACCUAGGGACACCUACAGUGACAGAAGUGGAAGCAGCUCCCCUGACUCUGAAAUCACUGAAUUGAAAUUCCCAUCAAUAAAUCAUGACUGAAUCUGGUAACGGAUGAUUCUUCAAGAGAGCCUUUGAACUUUGACAGAGUUUACAGCUUUGAUUUUACACUCAGCUUUUGACACUUCCUUUAAAUUAUGUUUUUAUUAAAAUUAUUUUAUUAUAGGGGAAAAGGUAUUUGGAAAACUUUGUUACUUGCAUGUCCAUCAUGUGUCUUGACUCUGCGUGGUGUACUGCCUGCUGACUCUGCUGUGCAGUUAGUUCCCGAGCUGCUGAGAAGAGCGACAGCAGGUCUGGAAGGGGCUGAUGAUGGACGGGGGCUGGUAGAACGCCCCCUCGAUCACCAUGUUUCUCCAACUACCUCGUGUCAUUGUGGAUUCGAGAGCAUUACCUGUUGCUUUUCCCUUGGAUGCCUGGGCCGUUAUAAGAAGUGCCACGUGGACUUAAGAAGCACGGAAAAAUACGCGUAGCUAGUCCUUAGAACACUUUGGUGCUGGUGACUUGAGGGCAUUGCUUGCCACCAAGGACAGUGAAACCGGAGUCAAAAUCUUGACACUGCCCCGAGCUUUGGGGACUUUCAGUGCCAACUGUGGCUGGUACUUGUCCAAAGGGACAGUCACUUCAGUGUCGCAUGAAACGGUGAGAAGUCUAUUCCUCGGUGAAGUGUGAUUUUAAGCCCCCAUGCCUCUGACCACACUUCCUCUUCUUGGGGCUGGGAAACACUCCUUGCAUCAAGGGGUUGCUUUUAAAAAGAAUAAAGAAUCUUUGGGAAACUGCCUCUAAAACCCUCACAUGUAGACAGCUUUGGCUCACAGGGGACGCCUUUCUUCUAGAACGGUGUUACUGCAGUUGAAGCGCAACAGGAGAAGCUCGUCUUAGCGUGAUGUAACAGUAGGCACAGCUAUGUCUGCCACGUUCUGGCUGCACUUACGUGGGCUCCCUGACUUAAAUAAAUAAUGCAGAACUAGAGACAUGCUUUGCUCUUCAUUCUCUGUCCUUGGCCAGACGGAAACGUAGCAGGAUGUGGGUGCCUGUGCGCCGUCAACUGAGCCCUGAGUGCCAGGCUCUCCUCCAGGCGAGCAGCCUUCAGCGAGCAAUCAUUUGUUCAAAAACUCAGAGAGGAACCUUUCUCAUAGGAACCAGAAUUUUCCAGAAAGCCUUCAAAUAGAGGUGCUCAGCAUAGAAUGAUACAGAUGAAAGGUCAUAGGUGUUGAGUAUGCCACUUGACCUUGAAAAAGGGGGAAAGAGUGGGCAGUUUUUAUUAUGAAGCACCUUCCCUGUGCCCGGCACUGGGCCUGGGGGCCUCACCCACGUAGCCAGGGAGCAGUGGACUGAAGAGUGUGUCUUACCCAGCAGGACUGCUAUAACCACCGGCUCUUGCUCCAUCCCUGUCCCUCUGAAUAUAGUCCCAGCAGCUAGAGGUCGCUGUCCACGGUGAUGUCUUCCUCCAAAGUGGCAUUGGUGCUAUUGAGUGUGCCGCUUGUGGAGUGUGGGUGACGUCUGGCACCCAUUUACCCUCCAGCCACUGAGCACACCUACUCAGGGGUGAGCAGUGUCCUCUGCAAACAAGUCUGUCCAAGAAAGGGGCUCACAUCUCAGGCUGGGGUCCCACACCUGCUGUCUUCUCUGUCUUCCCCUGUUCCUGGUGACUGAAGGAAUGUGAGGGGACUGACUAAAGUAUGCUUCAAGGAACCCCAGCCCUGUGACACGCCGUAUAACAGGUUCCAUGAUUUCCCAGUGCCUCAGACCCCAAAUUUAGGAGUUGCUGUGAUUGCUUCAUUCAGCAAGUAUUGAUGGGGUGUCUACCACAUGCCCAGCAUGCAUAGUGCCCAACAAUCUUUACUGCAUUGAAAUUUGACACUGGGGCUGGGGAGGAAAAUGUUCUUUCUUUCUCACCAUUUGGCCCAGCACCUACAUCACAGAGAUCGGGAAAAGAAGUGGGCUCCCUUUUACCCCUCCACUCCCUAGCCCAAGGCCACCGUUACCCUCAAGGCCCGGAAGUGUAUUUCCCCCACCUCCUGCUCAAGAGCAACCCAGCUGCCUU